UGCAUGUGAUGGCAUGAGUGCAUGUGAUGGCAUGAGUGCAUGUGAUGGCAUGAGUGCAUGUGAUGGCAUGAGUGCAUGUGAUGGCAUGAGUGCAUGUGAUGGCAUGACUGCAUGUGAUGGCAUGACUGCAUGUGAUGGCAUGAGUGCAUGUGAUGGCAUGAGUGCAUGUGAUGGCAUGACUGCAUGUGAUGGCAUGACUGCAUGUGAUGGCAUGAGUGCAUGUGAUGGCAUGAGUGCAUGUGAUGGCAUGAGUGCAUGUGAUGGCAUGACUGCAUGUGAUGGCAUGACUGCAUGUGAUGGCAUGAGUGCAUGUGAUGGCAUGAGUGCAUGUGAUGGCAUGAGUGCAUGUGAUGGCAUGAGUGCAUGUGAUGGCAUGAGUGCAUGUGAUGGCAUGAUGCAUGUGAUGGGCAUGAGUGCAUGUGAUGGCAUGAGUGCAUGUGAUGGCAUGAGUGCAUGUGAUGGCAUGAGUGCAUGUGAUGGCAUGAGUGCAUGUGAUGGCAUGAGUGCAUGUGAUGGCAUGAGUGCAUGUGAUGGCAUGAGUGCAUGUGAUGGCAUGAGUGCAUGUGAUGGCAUGAGUGCAUGUGAUGGCAUGAGUGCAUGUGAUGGCAUGAGUGCAUGUGAUGGCAUGAGUGCAUGUGAUGGCAUGAGUGCAUGUGAUGGCAUGAGUGCAUGUGAUGGCAUGAGUGCAUGUGAUGGCAUGAGUGCAUGUGAUGGCAUGAGUGCAUGUGAUGGCAUGAGUGCAUGUGAUGGCAUGACUGCAUGUGAUGGCAUGAGUGCAUGUGAUGGCAUGAGUGCAUGUGAUGGCAUGAGUGCAUGUGAUGGCAUGAGUGCAUGUGAUGGCAUGAUGCAUGUGAUGGCAAUGAGUGCAUGUGAUGGCAUGACUGCAUGUGAUGGCAUGAGUGCAUGUGAUGGCAUGAGUGCAUGUGAUGGCAUGAGUGCAUGUGAUGGCAUGAGUGCAUGUGAUGGCAUGAGUGCAUGUGAUGGCAUGACUGCAUGUGAUGGCAUGAGUGCAUGUGAUGGCAUGAGUGCAUGUGAUGGCAUGACUGCAUGUGAUGGCAUGAGUGCAUGUGAUGGCAUGAGUGCAUGUGAUGGCAUGACUGCAUGUGAUGGCAUGACUGCAUGUGAUGGCAUGAGUGCAUGUGAUGGCAUGACUGCAUGUGAUGGCAUGAGUGCAUGUGAUGGCAUGAGUGCAUGUGAUGGCAUGAGUGCAUGUGAUGGCAUGAGUGCAUGUGAUGGCAUGAGUGCAUGUGAUGGCAUGACUGCAUGUGAUGGCAUGAGUGCAUGUGAUGGCAUGAGUGCAUGUGAUGGCAUGAGUGCAUGUGAUGGCAUGAGUGCAUGUGAUGGCAUGAGUGCAUGUGAUGGCAUGACUGCAUGUGAUGGCAUGACUGCAUGUGAUGGCAUGAGUGCAUGUGAUGGCAUGAGUGCAUGUGAUGGCAUGAGUGCAUGUGAUGGCAUGACUGCAUGUGAUGGCAUGAGUGCAUGUGAUGGCAUGACUGCAUGUGAUGGCAUGACUGCAUGUGAUGGCAUGAGUGCAUGUGAUGGCAUGAGUGCAUGUGAUGGCAUGAGUGCAUGUGAUGGCAUGAGUGCAUGUGAUGGCAUGAGUGCAUGUGAUGGCAUGACUGCAUGUGAUGGCAUGACUGCAUGUGAUGGCAUGAGUGCAUGUGAUGGCAUGAGUGCAUGUGAUGGCAUGAGUGCAUGUGAUGGCAUGAGUGCAUGUGAUGGCAUGAGUGCAUGUGAUGGCAUGAGUGCAUGUGAUGGCAUGACUGCAUGUGAUGGCAUGACUGCAUGUGAUGGCAUGAGUGCAUGUGAUGGCAUGAGUGCAUGUGAUGGCAUGAGUGCAUGUGAUGGCAUGACUGCAUGUGAUGGCAUGAGUGCAUGUGAUGGCAUGAGUGCAUGUGAUGGCAUGACUGCAUGUGAUGGCAUGAGUGCAUGUGAUGGCAUGAGUGCAUGUGAUGGCAUGAGUGCAUGUGAUGGCAUGACUGCAUGUGAUGGCAUGAGUGCAUGUGAUGGCAUGAGUGCAUGUGAUGGCAUGAGUGCAUGUGAUGGCAUGAGUGCAUGUGAUGGCAUGACUGCAUGUGAUGGCAUGAGUGCAUGUGAUGGCAUGAGUGCAUGUGAUGGCAUGAGUGCAUGUGAUGGCAUGAGUGCAUGUGAUGGCAUUGACUGCAUUGCAUGUGAUGGCAUGAGUGCAUGUGAUGGCAUGAGUGCAUGUGAUGGCAUGAGUGCAUGUGAUGGCAUGAGUGCAUGUGAUGGCAUGACUGCAUGUGAUGGCAUGAGUGCAUGUGAUGGCAUGAGUGCAUGUGAUGGCAUGAGUGCAUGUGAUGGCAUGAGUGCAUGUGAUGGCAUGAGUGCAUGUGAUGGCAUGAGUGCAUGUGAUGGCAUGACUGCAUGUGAUGGCAUGAGUGCAUGUGAUGGCAUGACUGCAUGUGAUGGCAUGAGUGCAUGUGAUGGCAUGAGUGCAUGUGAUGGCAUGAGUGCAUGUGAUGGCAUGAGUGCAUGUGAUGGCAUGAGUGCAUGUGAUGGCAUGACUGCAUGUGAUGGCAUGAGUGCAUGUGAUGGCAUGAGUGCAUGUGAUGGCAUGACUGCAUGUGAUGGCAUGAGUGCAUGUGAUGGCAUGAGUGCAUGUGAUGGCAUGACUGCAUGUGAUGGCAUGACUGCAUGUGAUGGCAUGAGUGCAUGUGAUGGCAUGACUGCAUGUGAUGGCAUGAGUGCAUGUGAUGGCAUGAGUGCAUGUGAUGGCAUGAGUGCAUGUGAUGGCAUGAGUGCAUGUGAUGGCAUGACUGCAUGUGAUGGCAUGACUGCAUGUGAUGGCAUGAGUGCAUGUGAUGGCAUGAGUGCAUGUGAUGGCAUGAGUGCAUGUGAUGGCAUGAGUGCAUGUGAUGGCAUGAGUGCAUGUGAUGGCAUGAGUGCAUGUGAUGGCAUGACUGCAUGUGAUGGCAUGACUGCAUGUGAUGGCAUGAGUGCAUGUGAUGGCAUGAGUGCAUGUGAUGGCAUGAGUGCAUGUGAUGGCAUGACUGCAUGUGAUGGCAUGAGUGCAUGUGAUGGCAUGAGUGCAUGUGAUGGCAUGACUGCAUGUGAUGGCAUGAGUGCAUGUGAUGGCAUGAGUGCAUGUGAUGGCAUGAGUGCAUGUGAUGGCAUGACUGCAUGUGAUGGCAUGAGUGCAUGUGAUGGCAUGAGUGCAUGUGAUGGCAUGAGUGCAUGUGAUGGCAUGAGUGCAUGUGAUGGCAUGACUGCAUGUGAUGGCAUGAGUGCAUGUGAUGGCAUGAGUGCAUGUGAUGGCAUGAGUGCAUGUGAUGGCAUGAGUGCAUGUGAUGGCAUGACUGCAUGUGAUGGCAUGAGUGCAUGUGAUGGCAUGAGUGCAUGUGAUGGCAUGAGUGCAUGUGAUGGCAUGAGUGCAUGUGAUGGCAUGACUGCAUGUGAUGGCAUGACUGCAUGUGAUGGCAUGAGUGCAUGUGAUGGCAUGAGUGCAUGUGAUGGCAUGAGUGCAUGUGAUGGCAUGACUGCAUGUGAUGGCAUGAGUGCAUGUGAUGGCAUGAGUGCAUGUGAUGGCAUGACUGCAUGUGAUGGCAUGAGUGCAUGUGAUGGCAUGAGUGCAUGUGAUGGCAUGAGUGCAUGUGAUGGCAUGACUGCAUGUGAUGGCAUGAGUGCAUGUGAUGGCAUGAGUGCAUGUGAUGGCAUGAGUGCAUGUGAUGGCAUGACUGCAUGUGAUGGCAUGACUGCAUGUGAUGGCAUGACUGCAUGUGAUGGCAUGAGUGCAUGUGAUGGCAUGACUGCAUGUGAUGGCAUGAGUGCAUGUGAUGGCAUGAGUGCAUGUGAUGGCAUGAGUGCAUGUGAUGGCAUGAGUGCAUGUGAUGGCAUGAGUGCAUGUGAUGGCAUGAGUGCAUGUGAUGGCAUGAGUGCAUGUGAUGGCAUGAGUGCAUGUGAUGGCAUGAGUGCAUGUGAUGGCAUGAGUGCAUGUGAUGGCAUGAGUGCAUGUGAUGGCAUGACUGCAUGUGAUGGCAUGAGUGCAUGUGAUGGCAUGAGUGCAUGUGAUGGCAUGAGUGCAUGUGAUGGCAUGAGUGCAUGUGAUGGCAUGAGUGCAUGUGAUGGCAUGACUGCAUGUGAUGGCAUGAGUGCAUGUGAUGGCAUGAGUGCAUGUGAUGGCAUGAGUGCAUGUGAUGGCAUGAGUGCAUGUGAUGGCAUGAGUGCAUGUGAUGGCAUGACUGCAUGUGAUGGCAUGACUGCAUGUGAUGGCAUGAGUGCAUGUGAUGGCAUGAGUGCAUGUGAUGGCAUGACUGCAUGUGAUGGCAUGACUGCAUGUGAUGGCAUGAGUGCAUGUGAUGGCAUGAGUGCAUGUGAUGGCAUGAGUGCAUGUGAUGGCAUGAGUGCAUGUGAUGGCAUGACUGCAUGUGAUGGCAUGAGUGCAUGUGAUGGCAUGAGUGCAUGUGAUGGCAUGAGUGCAUGUGAUGGCAUGAGUGCAUGUGAUGGCAUGAGUGCAUGUGAUGGCAUGAGUGCAUGUGAUGGCAUGAGUGCAUGUGAUGGCAUGAGUGCAUGUGAUGGCAUGAGUGCAUGUGAUGGCAUGAGUGCAUGUGAUGGCAUGAGUGCAUGUGAUGGCAUGAGUGCAUGUGAUGGCAUGAGUGCAUGUGAUGGCAUGAGUGCAUGUGAUGGCAUGAGUGCAUGUGAUGGCAUGAGUGCAUGUGAUGGCAUGAGUGCAUGUGAUGGCAUGAGUGCAUGUGAUGGCAUGAGUGCAUGUGAUGGCAUGAGUGCAUGUGAUGGCAUGACUGCAUGUGAUGGCAUGACUGCAUGUGAUGGCAUGAGUGCAUGUGAUGGCAUGAGUGCAUGUGAUGGCAUGAGUGCAUGUGAUGGCAUGAGUGCAUGUGAUGGCAUGAGUGCAUGUGAUGGCAUGAGUGCAUGUGAUGGCAUGACUGCAUGUGAUGGCAUGAGUGCAUGUGAUGGCAUGAGUGCAUGUGAUGGCAUGACUGCAUGUGAUGGCAUGAGUGCAUGUGAUGGCAUGAGUGCAUGUGAUGGCAUGAGUGCAUGUGAUGGCAUGAGUGCAUGUGAUGGCAUGAGUGCAUGUGAUGGCAUGAGUGCAUGUGAUGGCAUGAGUGCAUGUGAUGGCAUGACUGCAUGUGAUGGCAUGAGUGCAUGUGAUGGCAUGAGUGCAUGUGAUGGCAUGAGUGCAUGUGAUGGCAUGAGUGCAUGUGAUGGCAUGAGUGCAUGUGAUGGCAUGAGUGCAUGUGAUGGCAUGAGUGCAUGUGAUGGCAUGAGUGCAUGUGAUGGCAUGAGUGCAUGUGAUGGCAUGACUGCAUGUGAUGGCAUGAGUGCAUGUGAUGGCAUGAGUGCAUGUGAUGGCAUGAGUGCAUGUGAUGGCAUGACUGCAUGUGAUGGCAUGAGUGCAUGUGAUGGCAUGACUGCAUGUGAUGGCAUGAUGCAUGUGAUGAGUGCAUGUGAUGGCAUGACUGCAUGUGAUGGCAUGACUGCAUGUGAUGGCAUGAGUGCAUGUGAUGGCAUGAGUGCAUGUGAUGGCAUGAGUGCAUGUGAUGGCAUGAGUGCAUGUGAUGGCAUGAGUGCAUGUGAUGGCAUGAGUGCAUGUGAUGGCAUGACUGCAUGUGAUGGCAUGACUGCAUGUGAUGGCAUGAGUGCAUGUGAUGGCAUGAGUGCAUGUGAUGGCAUGAGUGCAUGUGAUGGCAUGACUGCAUGUGAUGGCAUGAGUGCAUGUGAUGGCAUGAGUGCAUGUGAUGGCAUGACUGCAUGUGAUGGCAUGAGUGCAUGUGAUGGCAUGAGUGCAUGUGAUGGCAUGAGUGCAUGUGAUGGCAUGACUGCAUGUGAUGGCAUGAGUGCAUGUGAUGGCAUGAGUGCAUGUGAUGGCAUGAGUGCAUGUGAUGGCAUGAGUGCAUGUGAUGGCAUGACUGCAUGUGAUGGCAUGAGUGCAUGUGAUGGCAUGAGUGCAUGUGAUGGCAUGAGUGCAUGUGAUGGCAUGAGUGCAUGUGAUGGCAUGACUGCAUGUGAUGGCAUGAGUGCAUGUGAUGGCAUGAGUGCAUGUGAUGGCAUGAGUGCAUGUGAUGGCAUGACUGCAUGUGAUGGCAUGAGUGCAUGUGAUGGCAUGAGUGCAUGUGAUGGCAUGAGUGCAUGUGAUGGCAUGAGUGCAUGUGAUGGCAUGAGUGCAUGUGAUGGCAUGACUGCAUGUGAUGGCAUGAGUGCAUGUGAUGGCAUGAGUGCAUGUGAUGGCAUGAGUGCAUGUGAUGGCAUGAGUGCAUGUGAUGGCAUGAGUGCAUGUGAUGGCAUGACUGCAUGUGAUGGCAUGAGUGCAUGUGAUGGCAUGAGUGCAUGUGAUGGCAUGACUGCAUGUGAUGGCAUGAGUGCAUGUGAUGGCAUGAGUGCAUGUGAUGGCAUGACUGCAUGUGAUGGCAUGACUGCAUGUGAUGGCAUGAGUGCAUGUGAUGGCAUGACUGCAUGUGAUGGCAUGAGUGCAUGUGAUGGCAUGAGUGCAUGUGAUGGCAUGAGUGCAUGUGAUGGCAUGAGUGCAUGUGAUGGCAUGAGUGCAUGUGAUGGCAUGACUGCAUGUGAUGGCAUGAGUGCAUGUGAUGGCAUGAGUGCAUGUGAUGGCAUGAGUGCAUGUGAUGGCAUGAGUGCAUGUGAUGGCAUGAGUGCAUGUGAUGGCAUGAGUGCAUGUGAUGGCAUGACUGCAUGUGAUGGCAUGAGUGCAUGUGAUGGCAUGAGUGCAUGUGAUGGCAUGAGUGCAUGUGAUGGCAUGAGUGCAUGUGAUGGCAUGAGUGCAUGUGAUGGCAUGACUGCAUGUGAUGGCAUGAGUGCAUGUGAUGGCAUGACUGCAUGUGAUGGCAUGAGUGCAUGUGAUGGCAUGACUGCAUGUGAUGGCAUGAGUGCAUGUGAUGGCAUGAGUGCAUGUGAUGGCAUGAGUGCAUGUGAUGGCAUGACUGCAUGUGAUGGCAUGAGUGCAUGUGAUGGCAUGAGUGCAUGUGAUGGCAUGACUGCAUGUGAUGGCAUGAGUGCAUGUGAUGGCAUGAGUGCAUGUGAUGGCAUGACUGCAUGUGAUGGCAUGACUGCAUGUGAUGGCAUGAGUGCAUGUGAUGGCAUGAGUGCAUGUGAUGGCAUGAGUGCAUGUGAUGGCAUGAGUGCAUGUGAUGGCAUGACUGCAUGUGAUGGCAUGAGUGCAUGUGAUGGCAUGAGUGCAUGUGAUGGCAUGAGUGCAUGUGAUGGCAUGAGUGCAUGUGAUGGCAUGAGUGCAUGUGAUGGCAUGACUGCAUGUGAUGGCAUGAGUGCAUGUGAUGGCAUGAGUGCAUGUGAUGGCAUGAGUGCAUGUGAUGGCAUGAGUGCAUGUGAUGGCAUGAGUGCAUGUGAUGGCAUGACUGCAUGUGAUGGCAUGAGUGCAUGUGAUGGCAUGACUGCAUGUGAUGGCAUGAGUGCAUGUGAUGGCAUGAGUGCAUGUGAUGGCAUGAGUGCAUGUGAUGGCAUGAGUGCAUGUGAUGGCAUGAGUGCAUGUGAUGGCAUGACUGCAUGUGAUGGCAUGAGUGCAUGUGAUGGCAUGAGUGCAUGUGAUGGCAUGACUGCAUGUGAUGGCAUGAGUGCAUGUGAUGGCAUGAGUGCAUGUGAUGGCAUGACUGCAUGUGAUGGCAUGACUGCAUGUGAUGGCAUGAGUGCAUGUGAUGGCAUGACUGCAUGUGAUGGCAUGAGUGCAUGUGAUGGCAUGAGUGCAUGUGAUGGCAUGAGUGCAUGUGAUGGCAUGAGUGCAUGUGAUGGCAUGAGUGCAUGUGAUGGCAUGACUGCAUGUGAUGGCAUGACUGCAUGUGAUGGCAUGAGUGCAUGUGAUGGCAUGAGUGCAUGUGAUGGCAUGAGUGCAUGUGAUGGCAUGAGUGCAUGUGAUGGCAUGAGUGCAUGUGAUGGCAUGAGUGCAUGUGAUGGCAUGACUGCAUGUGAUGGCAUGACUGCAUGUGAUGGCAUGAGUGCAUGUGAUGGCAUGAGUGCAUGUGAUGGCAUGAGUGCAUGUGAUGGCAUGACUGCAUGUGAUGGCAUGAGUGCAUGUGAUGGCAUGAGUGCAUGUGAUGGCAUGACUGCAUGUGAUGGCAUGAGUGCAUGUGAUGGCAUGAGUGCAUGUGAUGGCAUGAGUGCAUGUGAUGGCAUGAGUGCAUGUGAUGGCAUGACUGCAUGUGAUGGCAUGAGUGCAUGUGAUGGCAUGAGUGCAUGUGAUGGCAUGAGUGCAUGUGAUGGCAUGAGUGCAUGUGAUGGCAUGACUGCAUGUGAUGGCAUGAGUGCAUGUGAUGGCAUGAGUGCAUGUGAUGGCAUGAGUGCAUGUGAUGGCAUGAGUGCAUGUGAUGGCAUGACUGCAUGUGAUGGCAUGAGUGCAUGUGAUGGCAUGAGUGCAUGUGAUGGCAUGAGUGCAUGUGAUGGCAUGAGUGCAUGUGAUGGCAUGAGUGCAUGUGAUGGCAUGACUGCAUGUGAUGGCAUGAGUGCAUGUGAUGGCAUGACUGCAUGUGAUGGCAUGAGUGCAUGUGAUGGCAUGAGUGCAUGUGAUGGCAUGAGUGCAUGUGAUGGCAUGAGUGCAUGUGAUGGCAUGAGUGCAUGUGAUGGCAUGACUGCAUGUGAUGGCAUGAGUGCAUGUGAUGGCAUGAGUGCAUGUGAUGGCAUGACUGCAUGUGAUGGCAUGAGUGCAUGUGAUGGCAUGAGUGCAUGUGAUGGCAUGACUGCAUGUGAUGGCAUGACUGCAUGUGAUGGCAUGAGUGCAUGUGAUGGCAUGACUGCAUGUGAUGGCAUGAGUGCAUGUGAUGGCAUGAGUGCAUGUGAUGGCAUGAGUGCAUGUGAUGGCAUGAGUGCAUGUGAUGGCAUGAGUGCAUGUGAUGGCAUGACUGCAUGUGAUGGCAUGACUGCAUGUGAUGGCAUGAGUGCAUGUGAUGGCAUGAGUGCAUGUGAUGGCAUGAGUGCAUGUGAUGGCAUGAGUGCAUGUGAUGGCAUGAGUGCAUGUGAUGGCAUGACUGCAUGUGAUGGCAUGACUGCAUGUGAUGGCAUGAGUGCAUGUGAUGGCAUGAGUGCAUGUGAUGGCAUGAGUGCAUGUGAUGGCAUGACUGCAUGUGAUGGCAUGAGUGCAUGUGAUGGCAUGAGUGCAUGUGAUGGCAUGACUGCAUGUGAUGGCAUGAGUGCAUGUGAUGGCAUGAGUGCAUGUGAUGGCAUGAGUGCAUGUGAUGGCAUGACUGCAUGUGAUGGCAUGAGUGCAUGUGAUGGCAUGAGUGCAUGUGAUGGCAUGAGUGCAUGUGAUGGCAUGAGUGCAUGUGAUGGCAUGACUGCAUGUGAUGGCAUGAGUGCAUGUGAUGGCAUGAGUGCAUGUGAUGGCAUGAGUGCAUGUGAUGGCAUGACUGCAUGUGAUGGCAUGAGUGCAUGUGAUGGCAUGAGUGCAUGUGAUGGCAUGAGUUGA